GCGUUGCGCCUCAGCUGCCGAGGCCAUGACGUCAGGGGCCAUGCUAAUGACUCGCAUGUGGGGAGCGGAGGCUCCGCCGGGCGCGCGGCUCAAUCGCGCCUGAGAGGGCAGGCAGGCAGGCGACGCCCGCUCGCGCGCUCGACGGCGAGCCCGGACGCUGUGCCGCUGCCAGUGCUGGGCUGGUGCUUUUGCCGCGCGGGCUCGCCAUGGCCCAGCUCGGGCACCACCAGGCGCGGCCACCAUCGCCGCCGCCUCCUCCACCUCUUUUUUUUCAGUAAAGGGACAGCUGAAGCCGGCGAGAAAGUCAGUUGUGAAUGCUGCUGCUUCUCCUUUUUAAAAUUUUUUUAUCCCUCCUCCGUGAGGAAUGCUGCGGCUGUGGAUGGUCCAGAUUGCUUCCCGAGGAAGGAGUGAGGAGCCGGAGAAGACUACAGCCCUGGGCUGAAAUAACCAGGCUGGGAAAGGGAGAGGAGGAACAGGAGCUAGAUCAAACACGUACUCACACAAUUUUCACACAUUGCUGUGCCUUGUUGAGAAAUACAGCUAAAUAAGUCUACCCACACACGAGUGUGCAUGCACACACAACUGCCUGCUUCCCUGCUGUGCUGCGUGUCAUCAUCUUUGGAGGAAUUAAGAAGCAGCCACUGGCAUCUUGGCCUGGAGCAAGAGGAGAACAAUCAAACCUCAAGAUCUGUCUCCAAACAUCUGUCUCAUUUUUGCAGUAACAACAAAAUUGUAAAGUAGACUUGAGCAGGAGGAGGUGCGUGAGAAGGAAAGAGAAGGAUUCUUAGGAGGAUUUAUUCCUGCGGGGUCUCUCCCCCCUUGCAAAUACAUUUCCCUCCUCCUUCUCCUCCUAGUGUUACACCCGCACGCGUUCCCACACGCCAACGCCAACCAUGAUGUUUCGAGACCAGGUUGGAGUGUUGGCAGGUUGGUUCAAGGGCUGGAAUGAAUGUGAGCAGACGGUUGCUUUGCUCUCCUUGUUGAAGAGGGUGACUCGGAGUCAAGCCCGCUUCCUUCAGCUCUGCCUGGAGCAUUCCUUGGCUGACUGCACCGAACUGCAUAUCCUUGAAAAUGAAGCCAACAAUCCUGGAAUCAUUAACCAAUGGCAGCAAGAAUCGAAGGACAAAGUGAUUUCUCUGUUGUUAACUCACCUGCCUUUGCUGAAGCCGGGGAAUAUCGAGGCAAAAGUAGAGUACAUGAAGCUGCUUCCCAAAAUCCUGGCUCACUCAAUUGAACACAGUCAGCACAUAGAGGAGAGCAGGCAACUCCUGUCUUAUGCUUUGAUCCAUCCCGCCACUUCCCUGGAGGACAGGAGCGCCCUGGCCAUGUGGCUGAAUCACUUGGAGGACCGCACGUCGGGCACCUUUGGCGGCCCAAAUAGAGGCCGGUCCGACUCGGUGGAUUAUGGGCAGUCGCACUACUAUCACCAAAGACAGAACUCGGACGAUAAGCUCAAUGGGUGGCAGAGUUCGUGGGACUCCGGCAUAUGCGUGAACGCCCCCAGCUGGCAGGAUAAAAACCUGGGGUGUGAGAACGGCCACUUGCCUCUCUAUUCUUCCUCUUCUGUCCCCACGACCAUCAACACGAUUGGAACAGGCACAGGCACAAUUCUCUCAAGCCAGACACACCACAGCCCUUUGAAACGGUCUGUGUCCCUUACCCCGCCCAUGACCGUGCCCAACCAGCCUUUAGGACACGGAUGGAUGUCUCAUGAGGACUUGCGAGCUAGAGGACCCCAAGGCAUCCCUUCCGACCAUGCCCCCCUCUCUCCUCAAAGCAGUGUAGCCUCUUCGGGAAGUGGUGGGAGUGAACACUUAGAAGAUCAGACUUCUGCUCGUAACACAUUCCAGGAAGAAGGGAGUGGUAUGAAAGAUGUUCCCGCCUGGCUGAAAAGUCUCCGCCUCCACAAGUACGCAGCCCUUUUCUCCCAGAUGACGUACGAUGAGAUGAUGUCUCUGACGGAGUGUCAGCUUGAGGCACAAAAUGUUACCAAAGGUGCAAGGCACAAAAUUGUCAUUAGUAUCCAAAAACUAAAAGAGAGGCAGAACCUUCUCAAGUCCCUGGAAAGGGACAUCCUAGAAGGGGGCAAUCUGCGUGUGCCGCUGCAGGAGCUUCACCAAAUGAUCCUCACCCCAAUCAAAGCUUACUCUUCUCGGAACUUGACGGUGGAUGAUCACGGACGGGAUUCCGAGCCCCAUCGCACGUCUUCUCUGAUUGGCUCAGACAGCCAAGGGUCCGACUGCAAGGACUCCGCCUCCGGGGGAAUGCCACAUCACCGCUUGCCGGGCUGCGAGGGAGAAUCCGGAGGGGGCCCUUUGCCAGAAGGCGACAUCCCAGGACAGUUUACUAAGGUGAUGGGCAAAGUGUGUACCCAGCUCCUUGUCUCCAGACCAGAUGAGGAGAACAUAAGCUCCUAUCUACAGCUCAUUGACAAAUGCCUAAUUCAUGAGGCAUUUACAGAGACCCAGAAGAAAAGGUUGUUGUCAUGGAAACAGCAGGUGCAAAAACUCUUCAGGGCUUUCCCUCGGAAAUCCAUCCUCGACCUCUCGGGGUAUCGACAGCAAAGAACGCGAGGCUUUGGCCAGUCGAACUCCUUACCGACAGCUGGAUCUGUAGGUGCAGGGAUGGGCCGCCGGAACCCACGCCAGUUCCAGAUCCCUUCCCGAAAUCUCCCCACCACGCGGCUCGGCCUCUUGGGCUCCAGUGGCCUUCUGGGAGCCGCCCAGCGCAGUGCAGCUGCGAAUCCCACCAUCUUGAAACAAGGAAGACAGAACCUUUGGUUUGCAAACCCUGGAGGGAGCAACAGCAUGCCCAGCCGGACUCACAGCUCAGUGCAGAGGACGCGCUCGUUGCCAGUCCACACCUCUCCACAGACCAUGCUUAUGUUUCAGCAGCCAGAGUUCCAAGUACCGGUGACAGAACCUGACAUCAAUAACAGGCUGGAAUCCUUGUGCCUCAGUAUGACAGAACAUGCCCUGGGGGUCGCUCCAGAAGGACACCAUGGUCACUGGUGUCAAAAGCCGCCGAGAGGUCAAGGAGAACCAACAGAGUUACAUUGCCCGUGCCCCUCUCCCGAUAAAGGUCAUCCAUCAGGGCCACCGAGGCUGUUUCUGUGCCAGAACUGGGCCGGAAGCCAGCCUGGAAUGGAUCCAAGAUCAUCUGCUUCCUCCAAGCAUGCCUGCAGCCAGCCGGCCACCACAACUGGCUACCCCUGUGAUGGGCUGCAAAACGUCCCUUUUUAAAGGCCACGUCCCCCUAUGGGAAAUUUCUAGGAGGAAGGAAAUGGCGUUGACAGAACCUCAACGAUCUAGAAGAUAGACGCGUCUGCAGGGAGGGAGAGCACUGGCCCUGAGCAAAUGUGGCUGCUGUGAAAUUCGGCAACAAGCCCCUGGAUGUGUUAAGGCUCCCUGGAGUUAAUUUGCAACCUUUUUGUUGCUUCUCUCUCUCUCUCUCUCUCUCUCUGUCUCUCUCUCUCUCUCCCUCUCCCUCUCCCUCUCUCUCUCCCUCCCUCCCCUUCUCCUCCAUCUCUUUUUACAUUUUGUGAAAGGGCCACUUAUCUUGCUGUUACGCAUCAUCAGAAACCGAACUGGGAUUUGUCAGGUUUAUUAUGCACAAAUGAACAGAGGAAAUGUUUGGUGGGGAGCGUAAGAAAUCGGAGGGCUUCAUCAAAGGGGCAGGCAUCCCAGUAGUAUCUAAGAGCAUCUACAGGCAGGCAUUUUGGUAGCAAAAUAAUAUGCAUGAAGUCUCCACUAGGAAGUGGAGCGGGUUGGGGAGAGGGUGGCCGAUGCAACUCCUCUUGUAUGAAGCAAGAGACUUCUUAAAGUACAUCACUGAAGCAUGAGGAAGACGAAGAGAGUAUCACAUUAGCCAUCUGUAAACAUGAGCUGUAUUUCACUGGCAUUCAAACCACAAUUUGCGCGGCAGUUAUUUGUGCGGAGGGUGGAGUUGAGGAGAUGGAAAGGAAAUUAAAAAGGCCAACCAAUUUCCCUUCAGUGAUGGUCAAAAGAGUGGCUUUGGGAUUUUGUGCAGUGUUUACAAUGAAGGCAGGUAGAAAAAAGCAUGUCAGAUGUGCAGAGCACUCCACCUUCCUCCUCCUGCCAUGUUAACUCAAUGAAACGGUGGGGGUGGGCGAGCUGGACCCCCUGACCUGCCACCAGGGGCCAUCACAUGUAGCCAAGAGACUUGCUGCUUUGUGUCCUUGCCACUAUCCCAGUCCCGGCUGCUGUGUUUCCUUAACAGUGGUAACUGCACAUGAACUAUCUUGGGAGGCGUGUGACAGCCAGGACAGGGGCACCAACACCUGGCAGAGCAGAUGAACGGCAGGCACAGCAAGUGCGAGACGGGAGCAGGUCAAGGCCCUGUGGUCGUCUCAGAAAUGUUUGUUGCUGCCUCUCCCUGUCAUGAAGGAACUCAUAAAUGGUAACUGUGUGCGUGUGCGUGUGCACCUUAUUACAGCAGGUUUAUCUUUGAAAAUAACUGCCAAGCUAUUGCUUCUGUCGCUUCUAGAGGGCUCCUCAGGCACGUGUGUGACUUUUUCUUGGCUUUUUGAGCUGGGCCGGAACAGGAGGUCAAAGAAAUGAAUGAGAAAUGUCGCAGAAUUAGACAGAGCUACUGUAUGUCUGAAGGAGUUGCAGAGAAGGUUAUGUUUCUCUCGUGUGUGUGUGUGUGUGUGUGUGUGUGUGUGUGUGUGUGUGUGUGUGUGU